CUCUGCCAAAACUAGAAGUUCGCUUCGAUGUUUUCAUAUUUGGGUUUACUGGUUUGAUUUUGUUGUUUUGGUGCUGUCAUUGUUGGAGCUUUUUGCUAGCGUGAUUUCAUCAUUACGUUGCCAUCAUUGUUUGGAGCUUUUUGCUAGUAUGCUUCGUGAU